GUGUCAACAUUUGUCAGGAUGGGCCUUUUGCAAGGUGUGUUAGUUUUGGUUGUGAUUGUGGCGUUUGACCAGAAGAAUGCAUGGGGAAGUUUGAUCGGUGAGGACUCUGCCUCUAGGGUGCUCCUCUUUGAAUAUGAACUACAGGACUGCAAUAGUGUGCUGAUGAUGACUGAGGAUGAGCUUGUCUACACAUUUGCUCUUACCUACACUCCUGAGGUGUUCGCUGGAACUCCGAUUACCCGUACCAAUGGGGCUGUUGUUGGUGUUCAAUGCCACUAUCAAAGGGUCUACAAUGUGAGCAGUAGUGCUUUGAGGCCAACUUGGGUCCCUUAUGCCUCAACGGCGGUUGGCGAGGAAGUCUUGCUGUUCUCCCUGAAGCUCAUGAUGGAUGACUGGUCCUAUCAGAGGCCUUCAAACUUGUACUUCCUGGGUGAUGUUAUUAAUAUUGAGGCAUCUGUGAAGGUGUACAACCACGUCCCACUGCGUGUGUUUGUGGACAGCUGUGUGGCCACCCAAGUACCUGAUGUGAAUGCUCUUCUGAGAUAUUCCUUCAUUGAGAACCAUGGGUAAAGUCACUUUAUUCUAUAGUUGUUUGUUCUGUGACCAC